UCAUGUUUUUCAUUUUUGUUUUGAAUUUUUUUUCAAAUAAUUUUUUAUAGUGAAUAAAUGUUCAAAUGUCAUCAUUAUCAUCAUCAUCAUUAUAUUCGAUGCAUAGUCCAUCAACACAAUCGGAUUAUUCUAACUUUACGGGUUCGAUAUCGAACGAUAUCUAUACGGGAUCAUCAAUAAAUCGUUCAAUCUAUUCGAAUCAUAUGAUGGGUUCAAAUUCAUAUGGACCAACAUAUCCAUUACCAUCACCAUUUCGUAUGGAUUUAAAUGAUGAUCCAUAUUCAAGCUCAACUACAAACAUUCAUUAUGCAACUAAUGGAAAUGAUGUUGUUACUACUGGUAGUACUAGUGGUUUAGUUCCCAUUGGGAUAGGAAAUGGAAAUGGUAUCUCAUCAAUACAUCAUUAUACAGAUAAUCUAAAUUUAUCAUCAUCAAUGGCUCAACAUAAUAAUUCAUCUCAUAAUAAUGUUUCUAUGCAUCAUUCACUUCAUCAUCAUCAACAUCAAACAUAUCCACAUGAUCAUCGAUUAGAUAGUUUAGGACAUUCACAUCAAUCAUCAUCAUCAUCACAUCAAGAUAUCUAUGCAAAUUCAUGUAUACGAAACAUUCAACCAUAUCCAUUAGUUUCAAAUAGCCUAACAACAAUGACGAAUAAUGAUAAUCGUCAUCAAACAACAACUACCAUUGCGACAACAAAGCAUCCAACAUCUUCAGGUAUAGAUUAUUGGCAAUGUGAUUCACAGCCUCUACCACCGCCACCAUCAUCAUCAUCCUCAUCACUUCCUACUCUUCCACCACCACAAUCACCUCAUCAUUGUUAUCCUACAAAUGUAAUUAAUAAUAAAAUAACAACUAAUAAUUCGAAUCAUUGGUCAAGAUCAUCACCAUCCAAUAAUAGUACACCAUCACCAAUACAACCGAUAACAUCAACAUCAUCAUCAAUAUGUCCACCACCAUUGCCGCCACAAUCAUCAUCAAUGCCAUCACAUGCGUUUCAUUCAUCACCACAUCAACAUAAUAUUAUUCCAUCAUCGGAUUCUUCUUCCUCUUCUUCAUCAUCAACUAGUGUUAAACAGUUUUCAAAUCCUUCUUCUUCUGGUCAUCUUCUUCAACAACAUCAGCAGCAGCAGCAGUCACAACAAGGAUCAAUGAUGAUGAUAAAUAAUAAUAAUAGUGGGAUAACAAAUCCAUUACAAUCAUUGCAAAAAAUGGUUCAAAUUGAUUCCUCCACCUCAUCACCAUCGGCAUUAUCACAACCAUCUAAUGGAAAUGAUCAUCUACGUACAAUACAUCAUCAACAACAAUAUGAAACGGCAUCAGUUCCUAUGACGACUACACAACAACAACAACAAUUGGGCGUUUGUCCAUCAUCCUCAUCAUUAGAUGGUACGAUUAUUGAUACAAGUAAUACAAUCAACAAUUAUCCAACCUAUUACAAUCUAGACCAGAAUAGUAUGUCCGAAACUCAAGUACAUCCACAAUCUUCUUAUAAAAGAACCAACAGCAAUAAUUCAUCCAUAUCAGCUUCAUCAUCAAUGAUGAUGAUGGGAAAAGAAUUUUCGCCAUCUGCCAAAAAUUUAUCAUCAUCAUCAUCAACAUCGAAUUCACCACCACCACUAAUUGUCGAAGUGAAUAAUAAUAAACAUUCGAAUAAAAGAAAUGGUAAUCAAAUUAGUAGAAAAAACAAAAAUGUUUCCUUAGCUUCUAAUAUAUUGGAAGAUUGUGGAUCACCGAUUUGUAAUCAAAAAUUAGCAGAUAAAACGACGACAAACAUCGGUGGACCAUCAGAAGUGAUCUUACAAACCGAUCAAACACAUGAUCAUUCUAAUCAUUCAUAUCGAUGUGGCUCAAUCGAAACAACAUCAUCACGUGAUUCAAUUAAAUCAAAUGAUUCCAUCAAUACAACUACGGAUGGACAAUCAUCAUCCGUUUAUGGUGGUAUGAGUAUGAGUAGUAGUCAAUGUUCGACACCAAAUAAUUGGAAAUUAAACAAUAACACUUGCAGCAGCAAUAAUCAACAGAAACAACAAAUAGAAUUUCGAAAUUUUUCGAAUUCGAAUUCUAUACAGACGCCAAAAUCAUCAUGGUGGUCUGAAAAUCCAUCGUCAACUAGUUCGAAUCGAUCAUUCACACCCAUGCUUGCUGAUGGUAAUCAAUCCUCCUAUAAUAAUAACAAUAAUUAUCAAAUGACACGAUCAACAUCUUCAUCACAAUCUUGGUCUAAACAGCAGCAAACAAUAUCCGGCCAUCAUCAUCAUCAUCAUCAAAUGUUGCCAUUUCAGAUGUCCGGUUGUAUACCGGAUGGUAUAAUCAAAAAGAAACGUGGCCGACCAUUUGGCAGUAAAAAUCGUCGAAGUUUAGAACAUGCUGCUGCUGUCGCGACUGUUUCAACAUUAAAUCCUAAAAUAGUAACUGUAGAUACAGCUGUCACCACAAAUGCUUCCAAUCAAUUAAUCGAUUCAAAUCGAACAAAAAAACGAAAAUCAUCGAUGCUCAUCGAUAUCGGCAUCAAUACAAAUUUAUCGUUUGAUGUUCAUGAUGAUUGGGAUCAUCAUAAUAAUAAUGAUAAAAAGAAUGAUCAAUUUGAUUUUGAAUCGAAUGUACAACAUCCAUUACCAUUGGCAAGUAAAAGGAAAAAGAUAGUGGGCCCUGUUAUUCGUAUCGAUAAAUCAGAUAAUAAAACGAACAAUUCACACGAAAUUGAUAGUUCGCGAUAUUCGAUUGUGAAUAAUUCGCUCAAAUCGAUCAAUAAUGAUUCGGAACAAAAAUCAAAAAAAUCAUCAUCAAUAUGGCUAUCAUCAUUAAAUCGUAGAAAAAAUUUACAAAUAAACAAUCAGAAUCAUAAUGACCAGAAAUGGUACUGUAUUCUAUGUCAAAAACCACCAAAUUAUAAAGGAUUAGGUGAACUAUAUGGUCCUUAUUAUAUUCAAAUGGAUCAAAAAUCACGAAGAUUAUUUUCAGAUUUAAAUGGCCAUUCUGAUAAGAAUGAUAAUAAUAAUAAUGAUAAACAUCAUGAAAGACGAUCAUUACGUAAACGAACAGUCGAACAGCUUAACAAUAAUGAUGAAAUGGGUAAUAUAAAAGGCAAUAUUAAUGAAAUGACUGGACAAUCAAUCAUUAAUAAUAAAAUUGAUCAACCAAUGGAAGUAUGGAUACAUGAAGAUUGUAUUGUAUGGUCAAGUAGUGUAUACGUUGAAGGAAUGAAAAUUCGAAAUCUUGAACCGGCCAUUAUUGAAUCAUUUGAUAAUAUUUGUACCAAAUGUAAACUACCUGGAGCAACAUUAGGCUGUAUAUUUAAAAAUUGUCAGAUGUCACCAUUACAUUAUCUAUGCGCCAAGGAAAAAGACUGUGAUCUGGAUGAAGAAAAAUUCAUUCUUAGUUGCUCAAAGCAUAAGAAACGAAGAAUAAUAGAUAAAGAUUCUGAACCGAAUGAUAACCAACAACGAUCUACAAUAAUCAAUCAAGCUCAAGAGGAUGGGGAUAAUAAAAAUAAUGCUGAUAAUAAUGAUGGUGAUAAUAAUCGUCAUCAUUAAUUAAUUUGUUAAUGAAAAAAAAUCGACUUGAUUUUGAUUG